GACACCAUGACGAAUGUACUUUCAGGAAUAUAAUCUGUCUGUCAGUUAGCAAAAAUAGUUAAAAUCGGUCAUUAACCAAAUUAUGAAACUUUAGGAAACUCAAAUUACCCAAUAUUUCCGGCCGUUCCCCAACAAUGUAAAAAGCUUACAAAAUCGUUGCAUCCAAUCAAUAAUUUCUUUGACGAACUAAAUAGUCCUCAUCAUGACAUCAUCAAUAGAGACUAAACUAAAAACAAAACUUUUUUUAAGCCGCUUCAGACAUAAACAAAACAUCCGCAAAACCAAAGAGAAAUUUAUUGUGAUGACUGAAUAUGGUUUAGUGGAAGGUGUCAAAAGGAUCUCUGUAUGGAGGAAACCAUUCUACAGUUUUGAAAAAGUACCUUUUGCCAAACCACCAGUCGGACUUCUGCGCUUUCGGAAGAAUCCAAUUCCACCGGAAUCAUGGCAAGGGGUACGUGACUGUACUAAAGAGGCAGAUAUGCCAAUUCAGUGGAAUAAAACGUUUCAACAUAUGGAAGGAUCUGAAGACUGCCUGUAUCUCAGCAUAUAUACAACCAAUCAGCUACACCCGGACAAACUUCUCCCCGUGGUGGCUUGGAUUCACGGGGGAGGCUUCGAAACAGGAUCCACAAGGAAAGCUAAGUACGCCCCCGACUAUUUUAUGGAGAAGGACAUAGUUUUGGUGCUUAUCGCAUAUAGGCUUAAUAUAUUUGGCUUUUUGUCGCUGAAAGAUCCAGUUUUUGGCAUUCCCGGAAACGCAGGUUUAAGGGACCAGAUUAUGGCCUUAAAAUGGAUAAAAAACAAUAUUGCAGCUUUCGGAGGGAAUCCCCACAACGUCACAGCUUUGGGACAUAGCGCUGGAGCUGCUAGCAUUAACUUCCUAUUGCUCAGCGACCAAGCAGUGGGAUUAUUUCAUAAGGCGAUCUUGAUGUCAGGAUCGGCAUACUGUUGCUGGGCAUUGCAGCCACCGGGAAAUGAAUGGACCAAUCGCCUUAUGUACCAUAUGGGAUAUAAAAAGCAGCUGGAAGAGUGUACAAUUUUGGAACUUCUGGAGCAUGCCGAUCCGUAUGAUUUAGUCUCUAAACUGUCGAGAAAUCUUGAAACAAAUGAACUUCGUAAUAAACUCUUUCUACCUGUUGGGCCGGUUAUUGAGCCAUACACAGGCAUACAUUGUGUUAUACCCAAGGAUCCUAGACUAAUGGCUCCAAACGCUUGGGGGAAUCACAUACCAGUUAUUGUGGGAGGAAAUUCAUUUGAAGGGCUUAUUAUGUAUCCAGCAUUAAAGAAAAAUUCAUCUGAGUUUGAGCAAUUGGGAGACUGCACUCAUCUUGUACCUGCCGAAUUGGAAUUAGAUCCGAAUAGCAAUGAGUGCAAACGCUUCGGUCGCCUCAUACGCAACACCUACUUUGGCAAGAGUACACCAUCCUUGGUUUGUUUUCUGAACUUGCUGUCUCAUAAAAUGUUUUGGCACGGAAUCGCGAGAUUCUAUUUCUCUCGAAUGAAGUAUGCGCACCAGCCAACGUAUUUCUAUCGAUUCGACUUCGAAUCACUUACGUACGACAAUCAUCGCAUCCUCCAUUUCGAAGGAGACAUACGGGGAGUUUCCCAUUGCGAUAUCCUCCCAUACAUAUUCUACAAUGCAAUGGUCGAAGAUAUAACCCCUGAUCGACCGGAGUUCAAAAUGGUUAGAAUAAUGAUUUCAAUGAGCACACAAUUUGCUGCAACUGGAAAUCCCAACAAUCAAGAGUGGUUCCCACUGCACUGGAAGCCUGGAGUCAACAAGCCAAAUGCCCGGAUAAUCUGCUUGAACCUUUCGAAUCAACUUUCACUGAUUGAUUUUCCAGAAAAUAGUUGCAUACAAGUUUGGGAAAGCAUGUUAUCCGCCAAAAAACCAAUUUAAUGCAGGAUCGGAAGAUGUUUUUCGAAUUGUAAGAUAUUUAUCAGUUAAAUGGAAAAAAUGUAAGUAAAUCGUACUAAUUUUGUGAGCAAGUAUAAAAUAAAUCCCUUCAUGUGAACAAUUAAAGGAUCA